AGGCUGCACAAUGGCCACAGAGGUCCACAUGCCAGGCCCCAUGUGCCUCAUUGAGAAUGUGAAAGGUCAACUGAGAGCCAACCAGGAGGCUCUGGGGAUCCUGGAGGACAUCACACAGCCUGUGGUAGUGGUGGCCAUCGUGGGUCUCUACCGCACAGGCAAAUCCUACCUGAUGAACAAGCUGGCUGGGAAGCAAACAGGCUUCUCUCUGGGUUCCACAGUGCAGUCUCACACCAAAGGGAUCUGGAUGUGGUGUGUCCCUCAUCCCCAGAAGCCAGGCCACACCCUAGUUCUGCUUGACACUGAGGGCCUGGGAGAUGUAGAAAAAGGUGACAAUCAGAAUGACUGCUGGAUCUUUGCCCUGGCUAUACUUCUAAGCAGCACCUUUGUGUACAACAGCAUGGGACCCAUCAACCAACCGGCCAUUGACCAGCUCCACUAUGUGACAGAACUGACAGACAGAAUCAGAUCAAGAUCUUCACGUGACCAGGAUGAGGUGGAGGACUCAGAUGAGUUUGUGAGAUUCUUCCCAGACUUUGUGUGGGCUCUGAGGGACUUCUCUCUAGAGCUGAAAUUAAAUGGGGAACCCAUAUCUGCAGAUGAAUACCUAGAGAAUUCCCUGAAGCUUAAACAGGGUAUUGGUCAAAGAGAUAAAGUAAAAGAACUAAAUCUGCCUCAGCUCUGUAUCCAUAAGUUCUUCCCAAAGAAGAAAUGUUUUGUCUUUGAGCGGCCAGUGCAUGGGAAAAAGGUUGCUCAGAUAGAAUCAUUGCAGGAUCAAGACCUGGAUUCUGACUUCGUGGAACAAGUGGCAGAGUUCUGUUCCUAUGUGUUCAGCUGCUCCAAGGUUAAAACACUUUCAGGAGGCAUCAAGGUCAACGGAGCACGACUAAAGAGUUUGGUGGUAACCCAUGUGAACACCAUCUGCAGUGGGAGCCUGCCCUGCAUAGAGAAUGCCGUCCUGGCUUUGUCCCAGACAGAGAAUGCAGCUGCAGUGCAAAAGGCCAUUGCCCACUAUGACCAACAGAUGAGCCAGAAGUUGCAGCUGCCCACAGAGACCCUCCAGGAGCUGAUGAAUCUGCACAGGGCCAGUGAGAAAGAAGCCAUCAAGAUCUUCAUGGAUAAUUCCUUCAAAGACGUUAAUCAAGUGUUCAUGACACAAUUAGUGACAGAGUUAGAAACAAAGCAAGAGGAAUUCCUUAAGAAGAAUGAGCAGGCAUCCUCGGAUCGCUGUUUAGCUCUGCUUCAGGAUAUUUUCAGUCCACUAGAAGAAGAUGUGAAGCAGGGGAUUUAUCACAAACCAGGGGGAUACCAUCUUUUUAUCCAGAAGACACAGGAGCUGAAGAAAAAAUACUAUGAAGAACCCAGGAAGGGGGUUCAGGCUGAAGAAGUUCUUCAGAGAUUUUUGCAGUCCAAGGAUGAUGUGACUGAUGCAAUUCUACAGACAGACCAGGAGCUGACAGAAAAGCAAAAGGAGAUUGAAGUGGAGCAUAUGAAAGCUGAAGCUGAGGAGGCUACAGCAAAAAUACGGGAAGAAAUGCAACAGAAGAUUGAAAAGUUGCUGAAACAGAAAGAGAAGAGCCACAAGAAGCACAUGAAACAGUUGACUGAGAUGAUGGAGAAGGGACAGGGCCGGAUGAGAGAAAUGCAACAGAGGAAUGAACAGUUGCUGCAAGAGAAAGAGAAGUGUCACGAGGAGCACAUGAAACAGUUGACUGAGAAGAUGGAGAAGGCACAGUACAGGAUGAGUAAAAUGGAAGAGAAGAUUGAGCAGUUACUGCAACAGACAAAGAGUUAUGAGGAACUCAGGAAACAGUUGACUGAGAAGACGGAGGAAGCACGGGUCCAGAUGAGAGAAAUGCAGGAGAAGUUCAAAAAGUUGCUGCAACAGAAAGAUAACAAUCAUGCGAAGCUCAUGAAAGAGUUAACUGAGAAUCUGCUGAAUGCACAGAAAGUCUAUAAGAAAGUUUGUCAGAUACGUGAACAACUACAGCAGGAGAAAAUAAAACUUCAAGAACAAGUAAGACAUUUGGAGAAAAGUCAAUGUGUCAUAAGCUGAAGGCCUGAAGAGCAGUGCCAUCCCGCCAUUUGGAGCAGAGCUGAAUAGGGUAUAGAAUUUGGAAUCAGGGACUCUAGUUGAAAAAAAAUGCAAAGAUAUUCAGUGUGAUCUUUGAAAUCAUAUUUGUCUUCAUAUAAGAUAUCAAGAGCACUACUCAGAAGGAAAUCCCUUUUCCAGAUGAUCUCAAGGAUACAAAUGGACAUUUGUCACAUUCAAAAAUGUUGGUGCAAAACUAGGAACCAAGUUGUUCAUGACUGUGAUGGGUCAGAAAUAGCAAACCUCAUUUCCUGAAAUGUAAAGUUAUCCAUUACAUCAAAAGUGCUCAACCUUUCAGCAGUGGCAACUUACUCUAUUAUAAAUCAAGAAACCUGCAUUAAGAUCUAGAUACCCAUAUACAAUAGCUACAGAAAAAUAGAAGAAGCCAUUAGCACAACAAGAAGCUGAAUCACAGGUCUAUGGACCAAAGAAGGGAAUGUUUUACGUCAUGUAGAUUGACAUUAUAAUGGGACAUUUCUAAGUUUUAACUGUUGACACUGAUGACAUACUAAAACGUUGUACUAAGCAUAAUGUAGAAAAGUAAUUUUAAAGAUGGACUUGAAAUGAUGGUGGGUAAUCUACAGCUAUCAAAGGUAUUUUAAUGAUUCAUCUGCAACCAUAAACUUAAACACUCUUUUUCUGUUGAUUUUUACCCAAGAAGAAUAAAGAUUAUUUUGCCAUA